AUGGGGCUGUCACAGAUUGUGACGAUUCUGCUGGCAGGGCUGGUGGUCAUGGGGGAGGGGUACAGGCUGGAUUGUGGCGCGCCGCCAGUGGCCGCGGGGGGCGGCGGGGCGUGCGCCCAUCUGAGGGGCUACGAGUUCAAGAAUUACGACUCCGACGUCGGCGGGAGCGGCGUCUCCAGGUCGCAGGCGAGCCCUGGGGCCCACCUGGCCGACAGCUCCAAGGUGUCCUUCAGCUUCAGGCUAUUCGGCUGCAUCGAGGGCAACCCUUCGCAGCCGAACAUGAGCGACGCUUUGAGGAAUUACGACGAGGAAUUUUUUGAGGUGUACGAGGACCGGAAGCUUCAAAGGAAGACCACCAUCGCGGAAUUGGCAUAUUCCGUGAGACAGCAGCAGGACUAUCUCUACAACUUUCUUACUCUGCUUCUGGACAUGUCCAAAUCCGUCGCUUCCAAGCAGGAGUACUUUGAGGAUCUGAAGAGAGCGAUCAAAGAGCUAGUACCCAUGCUCGUGCCACCGAACAACCAGCAAGCCCUCCACAAAUUGAAGCUUCGAAUUUUGGCCUUUGCCGGGGGCUCCGAUCGAUCCACCGUGAACCACGUGCUUCUGGACUACCAGUGCUCCUCGGACGUCGUCAGCAAGGUGACCGACCUGGUGGACGGCCUGUCCCACCCGGAGGAGCUGUUCGCGGACUACCGAUCGACGGCUCUCAACCUCGCCGUGUCGGUUGCGCUCAGCGACCUCAUCGCGACCGUCGACGACUUCGACGCGGAUUUCGUGUCCGGGACGCUCGUCGCUUUCACGGACGGCGACGACACCGCGGGCACGUAUCCCACCUCUUCGCUGUACGAGGAGCUAGAUUCCGUGCCCCCGCAGGUGAACAUGUUCUCCAUAGGCGUCGGCAACGUGAGCGAAGCGAAGCUUAAAAGAAUCGGGGUGGACGGCUACGUCAAGGUGUCCAGCUCCGAUUCGCUGCAGGAGGGAUUCUCUCAAGUGACGAGGAAGCUGAUGCUCGCGAGCCAGAACAGGUAUCUCCUGGAGUACUGCUCGCCCAAGCGAGGCGGGGAGCACGACAUCCAGGUGCAGGUGCGCAGCCAAUCCGCCGGAUCGGCCUGCAGGUUCUACUUCGACGCCAGCGACUUCGACGACUCCUGCAGGCUGGGGUUCACGCUGCCGUCCCUGGACUCCUUCGGCUGCAAAGAUGGCGGCAAGGGAUUACGUCAGCCCGAUGAGAAUUCUGGUGGGGUGAUGACAUCACGGGCGCAGGCUAUGGGAAUGCUGACGGCCUUUUGUUGGACCUGGGCAUGGAUUGCAGCGUGA